UGAGUGUGUGUGUGUGUGUGAGAGAGAAACACACCUCAGUGUUUCUCUCUCGUAUAAUACGGCAGCAGCAGGUAAAAGCUUCACAGAUUUAGGAACAAUAAUCCAUUUUGCUGCAUUGCUACUGCAAUGCAACACCCGCUUUGUCUUGUUCAGGGAUGCUCCCCCUGUGUGUGUCUGUGUGUGUGUGUGUACAAAUAUUUAAUGGGGACACAUGAAAGGGCGAUUGUCUCGUCUCCUGUCAGAGGUUGAAUGAUGGAAAGAAGAGAGAAAGCAACGAGACAUUUCUUCUUCUCAUUUAUCAUCUUCUCCACCUCCUCUGACCUCCGCGGAGAAGUUGCUUCGUUCUGGGUUUUUUUUCUCUUACGAUCGUCUCUGAUUCACAUCCUGCUCGUUUCGUCUCUCCACUUCCUGCUCAAACCAUGAAUGCGAUGGCUGACGCGGCAGGUGGUGGAGACCAAACACACGGUUGAAAGAGAGAAAAGUGUACUAUGAAGUAUCAGAAGACACAAAUAUAAAGACUCAUCAUGAUAAUCCUUACCUGCUAUAAGUAAUCUAUUCACACCUCAUGGACCAAUCAGCAUGAGACUCCUCAACAACGCUGUGCCGUUGCUCCUCCCCCUCCUUCAUGGCCCGCCCCUCCCCGUGCUCCAUCGCGGCUGCCUGUCAACACUCUCACCCAAUCGCGGCGCAGCAUCGCGCAGACGCCUCAGCACGGAUGGCCCCGCCCCUCAAGCCCUGAUUGGUCGGGACUCGGUGGAGGUGUUGGGCCACACCUACAGCCGCGACGACUUCACCAACGUUGCGCCGAGCGUCUUGGCGAAGGUCGGCCGCAACCUCCACAACCAAACCCACCAUCCCGUGUGGCUGAUGAAGGAGCGGAUCAAAGCUCACUUCUACAGCGCUUACGUCGGUCGCUGGGGCAACCCUCUGUUCUCCGUCCAUGACAACCUGAGCCCCGUGGUUACCGUGGAGCAGAACUUCGACAGCCUGCUGAUCCCGCCCGACCAUCCCAGCAGGAAGCGAGGAGACAACUACUACCUGAACAGGAGAAUGAUGCUUCGCGCUCACACCUCCGCCCACCAGAGGGAGCUGGUGAGCUCCGGCCUCGACGCCUUCUUAUUGGCCGGAGACGUCUACCGGCGGGACGAGAUCGACGCCAGCCACUACCCCGUCUUCCACCAGAUGGAGGGGGUCCGACUCUUCUCCAACCACGAGCUGUUCUCGGGGGUGCAGCACGGGGAAGAGCUGUCCCUGUUUGAGGCCGGAGGCCGGCGGUCGCCUCACAAACAGGAAACUCACUCUCUGGAGGCUGUGAAGCUGCUGGAGUUCAACCUGAAGACCACUCUGGCUCGACUCGUCACUCACCUGUUUGGACAAGAGCUGGAGGUGCGGUGGGUCGACUGUUACUUCCCCUUCACUCACCCCUCCUUUGAGCUGGAGGUGCGUUUCCAGGGCGACUGGAUGGAGGUGCUGGGCUGUGGAGUGAUGGAGCAGGAGCUGCUGACCUCAGGUCAGCACACACACACACGCUGUCGCUGCCUCGAGCCCGUGAGCAAUGCAGCCCCCUAACCACUGCCCCCCCAG